GUCGCUACGGAAACCGCCGGCGAAGCCGCCACGGAAAGCUUCCGCCUCAAGUUCAAGGAUGGGGAGAAGGCUAUGUCCCCGUGGCACGAUAUUGAUUUGAAGAACGAUGACGGAUCCUACAACAUGGUUGUCGAAAUCCCGAAAAUGACCAAGGCCAAGAUGGAAGUCGCCACUAAGGAAGAGUUCAACCCCAUUGCUCAGGAUAUUAAGAAAGGCAAGCUCCGUGACUACCACGGCCCCAUUUUCUGGAACUACGGUUGCCUUCCGCAGACGUGGGAAGACCCCACGGUCAAGCACCCCGAGCUUGGUUGCUUUGGAGACGACGACCCGAUUGAUGUCGUGGAAAUCGGUUCCGCCAGUUUGGGCAUGGGCAGUGUGAAGUCGGUCAAGCCCCUCGGCGUCCUCGCCAUGAUUGACGACGGUGAAUUGGACUGGAAGGUCUUGGCAAUUGCCACCGACGAUCCGUUGGCAGAAAAAUAUAACGACAUUGGUGAUGUUCCGGAAUCGGUACAAGCGGGAAUCCGGGAAUGGUUCCGUUGGUACAAGACACCGGAUGAUAAGCCCAUUAACGAGUUUGGUUUCGACGAGAAGUACCUGGAUAAGGCCGAGGCUAUCAAAGUGAUUGAAGAAACCAAUGAUGCUUGGAAGAAACUCAAGGCAGGUGAGACGGAGGCCGGAAAGCUCUGGAUUGGAGAGUAG